UCCUCUGUGGGGGUUUGUGGCUUCGGUUCUCACUCUGGCUCUUCUCUGUGGACCGUGUCCCACGGCCAGGAGGGGCCUGCAGGGGGCCUGGGAGCUCUUGGCUCUGAGCUCAGUCAGGCGAGGACCGCCAGGAGCAGAGAGGCCCUGCCCCGGUGGACAACCCGAAGGGCGUCCGCAGAACAGAGAUGGCCAGCGGAGUCCAGUGGCGGCUGGCCCGGUACCUGGACAUGUUGGGGAAGGAGGAGCUGAAGGAGUUCCAGCUUCGGCUGCCUGAGAAGCCCCUCGGCGGGCCCCGGCCCCACCUCACCUCGGCUUGUGGGCAGCAGCCCGGGGCCCUGGAGGUGGCCUCACAGCUGGUGGCUCAGCACGGGGAGCAGCAGGCCUGGGACCUGGCCCUGCACACCUGGGAGCAGAUGGGCUUGAGCCAGCUCUGCGCCCAGGCCCGGGCAGAGGCGGCCUUGAUGUCAGGGGAGGGUUCCUCGUUGCCCUGCUCCCCGGGCGCACCCAGCAUGCAGUCCCCCAGCGGGCCCACCUCCACCGAGGUGCUGUCGUUCGUCCAGGACCCACCCACCACGAGUUCAAGACAGCCGCCGGGCACAUCCAGAUGCUUCCUUCAGAACCGAUACCCUUCCUUUUCCUUUAACCGAGUCCUUCCAUGUUCCUCAAACCAAAAGUCACUACUCCAGGAGUCACCAAGUGCUCCCACGUCCACCACAGUCCUGGAGGACUGGGUGCCCCCACCACAGUUCAGCCGCAAGCCCAGAAAGCAGGAGGCUCCCAGAGCUGAGUGGCUCCUGGUUGAAAUGUCUGGAGAGCACAGCAAAGGAAUCAGAGAAAGACGCCAGCACCAGAAGAGAAAGAGGCCCCGCCCCACAAAGUCACGGGGAAAGGAGGGUUUGCAUGAAGAAUUCAUAGAGCUGCUGCUUCUCCAUCAACCUCACGGCAGUCUCCUGGAGUCCCAGAGCAAGGGGAGCUGGCAUCACAGCGGGGCGGAGAAGCAAGGUCGGUUGAUUGAGGUCAAAGACUUAUUUGGCCCGGGCCUGGGUGCUCAGGAAGAAGGUCGGGCAGUUGUACUGCACGGAGUUGCUGGAGUCGGGAAGUCAGUGAUGGCCAGACAGGUGAGGAGGGCCUGGGAGGAAGGCCGGCUCUACAGGGACCGUUUCCAACACGUCUUCUACUUCAGCUGCAGACAGCUGGCCCAGUCCAAGACGAUGAGUCUCAAGGAACUCAUCACAAAGGACUGGGCUGCCCCCACGGCUCCCAGCGAGCAGAUCCUGUCUCAGCCCGGACAGCUGCUGCUCAUCCUUGAUGGUUUGGAUGAGCUAAAAUGGGUCUUUGUGAAGGAGAAGUCGGAAGUAUGUCCGUACUGGGACCAGCCGCAGCCGGUGAAGACACUGCUGCUCGGGUUGCUGAGGAAAACCAUCCUCCCCGGGGCAUCUCUGCUGAUCACAGCGCGGACCACGGCUCUGCACCUGUUCAUUCUCUCUGUCGAGCAGCCACAGUGGGUGAAGGUCCUGGGGUUCUCUGAGUCCAGCCGGAAGGAAUAUUUCUACAAAUAUUUCAAGAGUAAAAACAAAGCAAACAGAGCCUUUCACUCGGUUGAGUUAAACCAACCACUGUUGACGAUGUGUCUUGUGCCCUUGGUGUCCUGGCUGGUCUGCACUUGCAUGAAGAAGCAGAUGGAGCGGGGAGAGUCACUCGGGCUGCCCUCCCAGACUGCCACUGCCCUUUGUCUGCACUACCUUGCCCAGGCUCUGCCAGCCCAGCCUCUUGGGACUCAGCUGAGGGGCCUCUGCUCUCUGGCUGCCAAGGGCAUCAGACAGAGAGAGACCUUGCUCGUUUGGGAGGAUCUCAGGAAGCAUGAGCUGGAGGACACCGUCUCUGCCCUCUUAGAGAUGGGCAUUCUUUGGAAGCAUCCCUCCUCCCCAGACUACAACUUUGCUCACCAGUACCUCCAAGAGUUCUUUGCAGCCGUGUCCUGUGUGCUGGGGAGUGAGGACAAGGAGUGCCAUCCCCCCGACAGUAUCCAAGGGCUGGAAGACCUGCUAAAUGUGUAUGGGGACUUUGACCCGUUUGAGGCACCAACCACAUGUUUCGUCCUGGGACUUCUGAGCGAGCCGGUGCAGCGGGAAAUGGAGGCCGUCUUCCAGGGCAAGGUGCCUGUGGAGAGGAAACGGAAACUGUUGUGCUGGGCCGAGGAGGAGGUCAGGAACCAGCUCCCCAUUCUGCAGCAGAGCUCCCUGCCGAUGCUGCACUGUUUGUACGAGAUUCAGGACAAGGACUUCCUGACACACGCGAUGGCCCCCUUCCAUGGGGCGAGGGUGUGCGUCCACACUGACCUGGAGCUCCUGGUGUUCAUGUUCUGCAUUAAAUUCUGUACCGUGAAGGAGCUUCGACUGAAAGAGUAUGGACAGCACGAACACAUGGGGAACCCCCUCCAUGUGGCUCUGCUCAGAGGGUUCCCAGUCACAGAUGCCUGGUGGGAGGUUCUCUUUUUCACUCUCCGGACCACUGGAAAACUGAAGGAGCUGGACCUGAGUGGAAACUGCCUGAGCAACACUGUGGUACAGAGUCUCUGCAAGGCCCUGAGGUUCCCAAGCUGCUGUCUGGAAACCCUGCGGUUGACCCACUGCAGCCUCACAGCUGAGGGCUGCAUAGGCCUUGCCUGGGUGCUGGACACCCCUGAGACCCUGACCGAGCUGGAGCUGAGCUUCAAUCUGCUCCUGGACCUAGGAGUCGAGCGCCUCUGCAACGGGCUGAAAGAGCCGGGCUGCCGGCUACACAGGCUGCGGCUGGUUGGCUGCGGCCUCACGUCUAGGUGCUGCAGGGCCCUGGCCUCCGCGCUCAGCGCCAGCCCCAGGCUGACGGAGCUGGACCUGCAGCAGAACGAGCUGGAGGACACCGGUGUGCGGCUGCUCUGCGAAGGCCUCAGGCGUCCGACCUGCCAGCUCAGGCUCCUGUGGCUGGACCAGACCGGGCUGAGUGAGGAGGUGACCCGGAUGCUCCGAGCCCUGGAGGACGAGAAACCGCCGCUGCUCAUCCCCAGCAGAUGGAAGCCGAGUGAGACGAUGCCGAACGAGGGCCCACACGAGACGGUGCCUAACGAGGACCCACGCGAGACGAUGCCUAACGAGGGCCCACAUGAGGGAGAGACGAGCGGCACAUCCUCACUCCAGCAGGACAGACGAGAGUCAGAGGGACUCUCCCCUCCAGUCGCCCAGGAGGGACUCGUCGGUCUGCUUUCUCCUGCCCCUCCAGAGGACCUGCAGCACACGGGGCCUCUGGGGACUGAGGAUGAUUUCUGGGGUCCCCUGGGGCCUGUGGCCAUCGAGAUGGUUGACAAAGACAGAAGCCUGCACCGAGUUCACUUGCCCAUGGCUGGCUCCUACCGCUGGCCCAGCACAGGUCUCCGUUUCGUGGUGAGAGAGCCCGCGACCAUCGACAUUGAAUUCUGUGCCUCAGACAAGUUCCUGCACCAGAUGGCCUGGGAACAGAGCUGGAUGGUGGUCGGGCCUCUGUUUGACAUCAAGGUCAAGCCAGGGGCCGUGGCGACUGUGUACCUCCCCCACUUCGUGGAUCUCCGAGGGGGCUGUGUGGACACCUCCCUGUUCCAGGUGGCCCACUUUAAAGAGCCAGGGAUGCUGCUGGAGAAGCCCACCAGGGUGGAGCUGUACCACGUAGUCCUAGAGGACCCCAGCUUCUCGCCCCUAGGAGUGUUCCUGCGGACCAUCCACGCUGCCCUGCGUUUCCUCCCCAUCACCUCCAUGGUGCUGCUCUACCAUCACACGCGCCCGGACGAGACCGUCUUCCACCUCUACCUGAUCCCCAGCGACUGCUGUGUUCGGAAGGCCAUCGAUGAUGAAGAGAAGGCAUUCCAGUUCGUGCAGAUCCGCAAGCCACCCCCACUGGCCUCCCUCUACCUGGGCUCCCGCUACACUGUGUCCAGCUCGGAGACGCUAGAAGCAAUCCCCAAGGAGCUGGAGCUCUGCUACCGCAGCCCCGGACAACCCCAGCUCUACUCUGAAUUCUAUGUUGGAGACUUGGGGUCGGGUCUCAGGCUGCAGCUGAAAGACGGAAGUGGCGCUGUGGUGUGGGAAGCCUUGGUGAAACCAGCUCUCAACCACAGGCCACGGGGUGCCACACUGCCCUCGAACUAGUGGAUUUGGGUCACAGGGCCUUUGGCAAAGUUUCUCGUGAACAAGAACAGAAGAGUUACAGGGUGCAAAGGAUCAGGCCAACCGGGGUGCAUCCGACAGGCUAAUCUGGGUCCUUCCAGGAGCGCGGUCUCCCUACCGCCCGCUCUUCAGCAUGUUAAUAGCUGCAGAUUCUCCCAGUGCCCUCUUCCCUCUCGGUCUUUUGAUUCUUUGCCAUCCUGGUCACCUCCCUCUGUCGGUGCUUGCUCCUGCUGCUGAUGAGUCUGGAUGGGCCCCAGGACCUCCACGGGCGGGUGUCUGUGUGUCCUUCCUGCUGAAACUCACCCGUUACUUCCAAGUGCUAAGAGUUUCUCGGUCGUGCUUCUUAAUUCUUGAUUCUGACACUGAAAUCCAGGACGGACAGAUUUGGUCUGUGCACCCCAGACCAAACAAGGACAAGGAGGUGGAGCCCCACUCAAGGCAGGGACAUUGAAAUAGUCCAUGUGAUGUAGCGAGGAACCUGAGAUCCAUUCGGCCCGAGAUUGGACCAAACCGUGUUUUCUGGGAUUCUGGUGUGUGUGUGUCUCUCUCACUAUGAGCAUGGCCUCAGUUUCCCCACAUGCACAAGGAAGGGACUCAGUUGGGCGAUCUGUAAGGCCCCCUGCAGCCCUCGCUCCAGAGUAUGACCAGAACUUGUCCAUAGCUGCUGGUCAGAAUCCAAGAAUAUCAGAGUGUGGGCGGGGGUUUCAAGGACCCUCACAGACCAUCUCUGUCUCC